UUGACAUCCUCCGGUACAUUAGAGCGAGCGCGCGACAGUCUUUCACUUAGAGCUGCGCGUGAAGGGACAACAGCAGCCAAUCUGAUUGAACACACGCACGCUCAUAAUUCCCGAAGCUGCUCUCGCGCACUCUUUCCCUCAGAGCGCAGUUCUGCUGACUCAGUGCCUUAUCGAAGCGAACCAGUUCCUCGCCACCGAAACAGAGCUGAGACGCACCAGUCACCGCAACAACCCCAGCCAUGGCCAAAACUGCUAUCGCAUACAAAGAGAAGAUGAAGGAGCUUUCCCUCGUCUCCCUCAUCUGCUCCUGUCUCUACCCAGAGGCGCGCAAGAACCUCAUGAGCGAGUUUGAAGACAUGGAGGUUAAGCCCAUUAACAAGCGAGCUUCUGGCCAGGCCUUUGAGGUCAUCCUGAAGCCACCCUCUCCCACGGCUGACGGGGGCUACAGCAUCUCUUCACCUCCUAAGAAGAGGGACAUGUCUCUGGAGGACAUCCAGAAGAAGCUGGAGGCCGCAGAGGACAGGAGGAGAUCCCAGGAGGCUCAAGUCCUGAGGGCUCUGGCUGAGAAACGUGAUCAUGAGCGGGACGUCCUGCUGAAAGCCAUGGAGGAGAACAGCAACUUCAGCAGGAUGGCAGAGGAGAAACUCAUCAUGAAGAUGGAACAGAACAAGGAGAACCGUGAGGCCUACCUUGCCGCCAUGCUGGAACGGCUGCAUGAGAAGGAGAAGCACGCUCAGGUGGUGCGCAGAAACAAAGAGCUGAUGGAAGAGUUGACAGCAUGAGCACAUCUCUCUACACCCACCGUCCCAUCACCCCACCCCCUCUCCCAAUACCCGUGCGACCUCCCGUCCCCAGAGAGACCCCCUCUCCCCCUGCCACCGCAGCCCUGUGCAGAAAAGAGCCUCUGGCACCCCACCCCCCCUGCCCUGCCCCGCCCAGGCCAAAAGAAUCAACCCUGCCCCUCUCACCAACAGCAUCCUCCCCAUUAUAGCCCAUAAGACAAAAGGAGCAGUCCAUUAGUUCAGAAAAAGAAAAAUGUUUUUGAUCAAUUUGAAACCAGUCAAAGUGGGUGUGUUUUUUUUUUGUAAAUACUUCCUAUUUGUUUUAUAUGAGACGAUGAAAAGUAUUGCGGUGUGCCAUUUUAUAAGUUUCUCUCUCUGUAUUCUUAUCUUUAAGUGGAUGUACCCCCCUCUCUCUCUCUUUCAGAUCUGCUACAGUUUUUCUUGUACCGGGCUUUGGUGUUUGUGAGUUUGCUGGCUAGCUGACAUUUGCAACGUCUUCUCUAGACCCAAUGAUCAUGUUUGUGUCUCUAUGUCCAUGUGGAGAGAGUAAAAGCCGUCACAGUACAGUACACACAGCUCUAACCGGUCACUAACAUAGCAUUUACAAGAAUCUCUAGCUCUUUCUUUAUACAUUCAUCUGGUAUAUAGUCACAAAACACAGACACACACACAUAUGGACCAGGUCAGCAUGAUUUAGUAAAAAAAAAAUCACAUAAAAAAAAUCACUAGUUUGACCAUAGGGUUGCAUUUAUGCUGACAGCUUAACAUCAAGUUAACCUUGAGUUCUUAUCUUGAGAAUCACAGUACUGAAGUUCUCCCAUUCUAAUUCUUGAACGAUUUUCAGGUUGAUAUCUGGUAAUAAAAUGGACAUUGCAAGAUGAUGAUCUGUGUAAGUGUGUGUGUCUGUGUCAAGAGCAGUGUGGGUAGACGGUGUUAUAAUGUGCCAUAGCUAUUGCUUUAAUGUCAUAAACCUGCCCACAGCCUACCCUCAUAUUUCUCUUCCAGCUGUGUGUUUUAUUCCCUUCACAUGUAACUUUGGGAGCAAGCUGUGGUGAAUAAAGGCUUGGGUUUCUUGGAAUGACAA